UAGUUAGGCGGUGGUGGGUGGGUGGUCACUGCCCUCAACCUCACCCACUUUGCCUCACUGCUCAUUGGUGGUGUUGUGGUGUGGUGGUGUGUGCUGGAGUGAUUGCUUGGGUUGAAAACACCAUGGAUGUUCUAGUUCUUGGUGCUGUUGUGCUGGUCCUGACUCUUGUGGUAUAUCUGGUGGCCACGCUGGGCACCAAGGAGACACCAUUUGAAGACAUUGCUAACCAACGUCAAAAGUUUGAAAAUGCACACAGCAAGGCAGAGAAGCAACAAAAGAAGCCCAAGGUAAAGAAGCCAAAAGGUAAAAAAGAGGAAGGCGACCCAACUGGAGCUACAUCAGCACAGGAAAUAGAGGCAGAAUGUGAACCAACUGCAUCACCGCCGGCACCGGAGCCUUCACCGUCACCCCAGCCCAGUCAGGAGCAGAAGAAAGAGAGGAAAAAGAAGAAAGAACAGGAAGAUGCAGUUGGUGAGGAGGUUCAGGAGAAGGUUGUCAAAGCAGAAGUGAAGAAAACUGAAUCUGCUGUCAGCCGUGCCACUGCUUCUGCUACUCCUGCUCCGGCCUCCACAGUUGCCACUCCAUCACCAUCUGCCAAGGAAACCAAGGCUGCUGCUAAAGAAGCUAAGACCAAUGCUAAAGGCGCUGCUAAGGACACCAAUACAUCUGGUAAAGAAAUGAAGAAUGCCUCAAAAGAUGCUUCAAAGGAAGCAAAAGCUGCUGCUAAGGAAUCAAAUGCUCCUGCUAAAGAAACAAAGGCUUCCAAAGAAACAAAAGCCACUGCUAAGGAAACAAAUGCAGCUGCUAAAGAAACUAAUGCAAAUACUAAAGAAGUGAAGGAGUCCAAGGCAAAGGCUACAAAAGAAGCUGUUAAGGAAUCUAAGGCCACUGUUGUUGACAUGCCACUCAUUAAUGAUCAAGUUAGUGGAUCUGAUGCUGUUGACGUCUCACCUGCUGCUGAAAAAGGAAGCUCCCAGGAUAAGAAGAAGAAAAAGGAAAAGAAAAAUGAUAUCACAUCCAUGAGUGAGUCCAAGCUGCUUCCCAUGGUGCAACGGGCUCCACUCUCAGGAACAGAAAUACAGACCCUGAUUGAUGUACUCCUCAACAAGCAGCAACAAAACAAUGCUGGAGGUGAUUGGGUUAAGAAGGGUCGUGUUGAUCCAAUCACACAGCUCAGGAGACAGCUGGAAGAGGUGGAGAACAGGCUUCGUGAUAAGGAUGAAGCACACUCUGCCUUGUCUGCCAAAAUUACUGAUCUAUGUGGUGAGCUUCAUGGAGAAAGGUCACGGUCAGCUAAGCUGAAAACCCAGCUGGAAGACACCAUUGCAAACUACACUCGCCAACAGGAAGUAGCUGCUGCAAAUGCAAAAUCAACCCAAGCAGCUCGUUUGAAUGAGCUGCGUGCAACAUUAGAGCAAGAGUAUCAAAUAAAAUUCCAGCAGCAGCAGCAGUUGGUGGAACAGUUGCAGAAUGCCACCAAUGAUCAAGAGGCUGCUACUCUGCGUGCUUCCCUCAAUGAAGCGGAGAUGCAAGGAAAGAUAAUAAAACAAGAGCAUGAAGUGCUGACACAAAGAUGUCAGCAAUUUGAAGAGCAUAUACGAGCACUUGAAGAAAAGAGAGUUGGGGAUGAUGCAGCACGUAAUGCACAGCUGACAGAACUUCAAAUAAAGCUUCAGAAUAGUGAUGCAGCUCGAGCCCAAGCAUUAGCAGAAUUGUCAGCAAUGGAGAGUGAGCGUGAAAAUUUGAGAGCACAGAUAGCAAGUAGUAAUACCAAAAUAGCACAAGUACAACACAGUUUGCAGGAAAAAUUGCGAGAAAAAAGUGAUGUUGAUUCCAGGCUGAUUCAAAUGGAAUCAGAACUUUGUAGUGUACGGCAAGUCAUCGCAGACCAAAAUAUUCAAAUUGAGCGAUUAAAGGAGGAAAAAGAAUCAUUGGCAUCUCAGAGUGUCCGUCCAGCAGCUGAAGGGCAAGAGAAUGGUGAUGUGCAUGCUGAGCACACCCCAGCCCCUGAUACUGCACACCUACAAUCUUUAUUGAAGGAGAAAGAACAAACAAUAGAAGAACAAGUUACAGAACUAACCAGCCUAAAAAAAGAGAUCACAAGAUUAAAAGAAGAUCUGGAGGGUCAAAGAGAAAAGAACAAUGAGUUGCGUGAAAAGAACCACAAAGUCCUGGAGGCCUUAACGAUCACAGAGGAAAAACUGAUGGCUAGACUCAAGCAGGUGGAUGAAGCCACUGGUGUAGUGGAAGAGGAAAAAGCAAAGGUUCGUGCCGUCCUAAGAAGAAUUUUCCCAGAGGUUGUCGUAGAUGAUGCUCUGGCCCUUCCUGUUAGGAAAAAGACAUAUCAGGACCAAGGAGCAUUCUUGAGUGAAUUUGAAACCAAGGCAUUGCAAGUUGCCACUCAAACUGCCCAGCCAGCCAAACCUGAGGUUGUGGAAGUCGUAAAGUAUGUUGAGAAAGAAGUCAAGGUGGAGGACCCAGCCCUCAAAAUUGAAGUUGAAAAGCUUUCAAAAGAAAAUGCUGAACUGAAAACACAGGUGGCAAAUCUCCAAGAAGAUUCUGCAUCAGCAGCUAAUGACAGUCAGAGAGUCCAAGAACUUCAGAAUGAGAUUAGUUCAGUCAAUGAGAAAGUUGCCCACUACCAGACAGUUCUAGCAGAUACUGAAAAUCUACUUAAGUCACUGCAAGCAUCAGUUGAGUCUGAAGAGGUGGCUUGGAAGAAACGUUUAUCUGAUAAGGAAAAAGAUCUACAUCAAUUAGUGGCAGACAAAGCAAAUCUUCAGCUGCAGGUGAAGCAGCUAGAAGAUACCAUAGAGAAAGUUAAACUGGCAGAAGAUAUGCAUGAAAAACUUCGGUCACUACAACAACAGUUACAAACAGAAGAGAAAGAAAAGGUAUCACUUCAGGAAAAAUUGCAGCAAGCAGAAGAGCAACUUGCUAGAACUGCCACCCAAGGUGGUGGUAAUAGUGAAGAAAGUAUACUGGAGCUGAAGGCAGACAACGAAAAGCUGCGAGCACUGGUCACUGUUGGACAGGAUGCCAGCCGUCAGCAAGAGCAGCUCAUCGAACAGUUGCAGAAGGAGCUUACUGCUGCUAAGGCAGCCCUGGCCGCUAGCCGUGUGAGUAAAAUGGGCUACAUGGUUGGUUGGGUGGGACGCAACAGCAGGAACACCACAACCACCACCAUCAACAACAUCAACCCGCUGGAACAGCAGACCUCAAGCACAAAUGGACCAGUGAAUGAAGAACAGUGUCAAGAGGACGACUCCCUGCAGGGCGACACUGCCAGUCUCGUGUCUGCUUCUUCUGCCUCAGUUACUGAUCCUAACUCCUCUCAGUCUCAGUCAGAGGCUCCUACUAAAAAACCUAAAAAGAAAAGGAAGGGUAUAUUGGGGAAACUAAUGGGCUAAAGCACUGACCCUUAAGGGUGCAAGUGCAGCACAGUAAGAUGCAACUCCAGUAAACAUUCCAACAUGGCCUGCACGACCUUCACCAACAAUGGCUUUCGUCCAGGUUAGGCCACAGUUGGUGUGUCCACAAACACCAGUAUGGUUUCUGCCAUGAAGAUGUUUCCACUUUAUAUUCAUAUUUUGUACCAACAUUUUUUGUAGGGAGAGUUAUUGAAAUAGAUUCAUGGCAGGUUGGGACCACAUCUGGGUAAGCCUACAGAGGUGCAAUAUAUGAGUACUGUGUAUCAUUUUCCAAGCCAUAAAAAAAAUUCACUUUUGUUGAAAUUAACUUUGACAAGGCAGUUGAUUAAAAAAAAAAAAAAAAAAAAAA